UGCGUAGUAUAUACGUCCUUCGGUUGAUUGAUAGAUAUCUCCAUACUCCACAAGUAAUACACUUUGAAAAAGUCAAUUGUGACAUUAUUUGUAAAAUUCUGGAUUAUAUUUUGUUUCAUUUCUACAGAAGGCUACUACCUUAAAAAGCAGUCACUGUUUGCUUAAAUAUUACCAACAACUCUGAUGUCACAAAUACGACUUUCUUCACUGUGGGAUCUUUUGGCAUCAUACACCUGUCAGAUACUGAUUUCAUGCUUCAUUCUAUUCGUUAUUAUCUGUGGGAGAAAUAAAAAAAACUAAUUAUGGUUUUUCAUAUACGUGAAAUUACCAGCUUACUAGUAAAAUAUGGAUGUGAUUCAUUCCUAAAACACAAUUACAAUAUUAUUCUAACAAGAAGUGCUUCAUCUCGUCCAUUUAAAAUACCGGAAACAAAUACAAGAUGUGAUGAGCUACAACCAGAACCAUCGAACCAACCAAUUAUGACAUCGAGAAAACUUCAACCUCCUGUUUACUGUUCUGCUAGUUCUCGUGGUUCUCGAUUAACAUGGUUAGAAACAUUGAAACCACUAGGCGUUUCAAAAUCUUCCAAUUCUCAAAGUUUACUUGGUAUGAUCGAUUUGCAUCCAGAUAUAUUUGCUGUAUUUCCACGUAUCGAUUUGGUGCAUAAAAAUUUAUACUGGCAAGCUCAUUAUCGGUUAAUUGAUUGGCGUUGUAUAACAACACGAGCAGAAUUAUCCUAUCGAACUAGAAAAAAACCUUGGCCUCAAAAAAAAACUGGAAAAGCUCGACAUGGUAAUCGUCGUACUCAUAUAUGGCUCAAUGGAGGACAGUGUAAAGGCCCACGUGGACCAGAGUCUUUUUUCUAUCUUCUUCCUUAUAAUGAACGCCUUGCUGGUUUAUUAUCAAUGUUAUCUAUAAAGCAUGCACAGAAUGACUUACAUAUUGUUGAUGAUUUUAUGCUUUCAAAAACGUUGGAAGAAGAUGCUAAAACUAUUUUAACUGAAGCACAAACUGCUUCUCUUAACUUGAAUGAUUUGGAAGAUCCACUCUCUGCACUUAAUAAAACACGUCAUUAUCGUUUAACUAAAACAAUGAACGAAGCAGCAAUAUAUAUUCGUCAAUUGGCAGAUCUACGUUGUUGGGGUCCAUCUAUUUUGUUUGUCGAUGCACAUUCUCCAGCAAGUCAAUUGGGAGUCCCAUGUCCUGGGAGCGAAAACAUUGAUAAUGAUAAAACAGACAACAUGAACUCUAGUUAUGAUAAUCUAGCAAUUAGUUUGGCAUGCGGUUCCUAUGAAAAUCAUGUGAAGAGCGAGAUUUCACCGGAGUCAUCAGCAUUCAAACUUGAUUCUAUUGCUCCACGAGCUACUCAUCCUGGUAGAGGUUUAACAUUAAUGCCAGUUCACAGUUUAAAUGUUUGGUCUAUGGUACAUCAUGACACAUUAGUCAUAUCAUUAAAAGCGUUAGAAAUGUUAGAAGAGAGACUUAUCGCUGCCCAAACUGUUGUAGUUCGUGACGAGUACAGCGAGGCACCGUAUUUGCAUCCUACAACUCCUGAUUGGUUCACUGCUGAAGUGGAUGGACAAGCGGAUGACUAUGUAAAUAAAUCGUUUGAGAACAGACACUUUACUGAUAUUAUAGGCUCAUCAAAAUGGCGAAGAGAUACUCUUUGAUUUGUCCACCUUACAGUUAUGAUUUAUAUUAUUUCCCAAGCCAAUACAUCAUAAUCCUACU